AUGGACGAAGUGACAGGAGCUCAUCUUAUUGCUGAGUCUCUAAAGGCCCAGAAAGUGGAGUACAUGUUUGGGAUAGUCGGUGUUCCUGUCAUAGAAGUGGCUAUGGCUGCUCAGGCUGCAGGGAUCAAAUAUGUGGGAAUGCGAAACGAACAAGCGGCGUGCUAUGCGGCAUCUGCCAUUGGAUAUCUCACUGGGAGACCAGGUGCCUGCCUGGUGGUGUCUGGACCUGGACUCAUCCAUGCUCUGGGUGGAAUGGCUAACGCUAACAUGAACUGCUGGCCAGUGGUUGUUAUUGGAGGUUCUGCAGAUCGAAACCAGGAAACAGCAGGAGCCUUUCAGGAGUUUCCUCAGGUGGAAACAUGUCGCCUUUAUAGCAAGUUCUCUGCCAGACCCAGCAGCCUGGAAGCCAUCCCUUCAGUGAUAGAGAAGGCCGUUCGCACCAGCAUGUACGGGCGUCCAGGUGCUUGUUAUGUGGAUAUUGCAGGGGACAUGGUCAAUGCUAAAGUGGACAGGAGCAAUGUCAGAGUUGUGUCCUGCUGUCCAUCUCCACCAGUGAGUUUGGCUCACCACGGUGCAAUCACUGAAGCCUUAUCUUUCUUGAAAGCAGCUAAAAGACCCUUAGUCAUCAUUGGCAAAGGGGCAGCCUAUGGCCGAGCUGAAACUGCUCUGAGACAGUUUGUGGAAAAGAGCGGUCUGCCAUUUCUGCCCACCCCAAUGGGGAAAGGGGUCCUCCCUGAUGAUCACCCCAACUGUGUGGCUGCUGCCCGCUCAAGAGCUCUUCUCCAGGCUGACGUUGUGCUUCUGCUUGGAGCCAGGCUGAAUUGGAUCCUGCAUUUUGGUCUGCCACCUAGAUUCGACCCUGACGUCAAGAUCAUCCAGGUUGACCUUUGUGCUGAGGAGAUAGGAAACAAUGUGAAGCCUGCUGUUGCUCUCCUGGGAGACAUCAACUCUAUUGUCACUCAGCUUCUGGGGGGCGUCCGUAACAAUGGCUGGAAAUAUCCCUCUGAUACAGAAUGGUGGACCACAUUGAAGGACAAAAUUGCUGCUAAUGCAAAAAUAUCAAAGGCGCUCGUUCUUCAGUCAACAAUGCCCAUGAACUACUACACAGUGUUUCAUCAUGUUUCCCAGCUGCUGCCACAUGACUGUAUCAUUGUCAGUGAGGGUGCAAACACUAUGGACAUAGGACGCACUAUGUUGAACAACUACCUGCCUCGACAAAGGUUGGAUGCUGGUACAUUUGGAACGAUGGGAGUAGGCCUGGGUUUUGCAAUAGCAGCAGCCGCUGUGGAGAGGAACGAGAAUAAAAACCGAAGGAUAGUCUGUGUGGAAGGAGACAGUGCCUUUGGAUUUUCUGGCAUGGAAGUUGAAACUAUGUGCAGGUAUAAUCUACCUGUGGUCAUCAUUGUGGUCAAUAAUAAUGGUAUUUACAGUGGAGUGGAUCCUGAGACGUGGAAAGAAAUGGCAAAAAUGGGAGAUCUGACAUCUAUAGCCCCUCCUGUGUCCCUCCUACCUGAGGCACGCUAUGAUGAGGUCAUGGCAGCGUUUGGAGGUCGAGGGUUCCUGGUGAGGACGGUGGAGGAGCUGCGCAGUGCUUUACAGCUUAGCCUGAGUGACUGGGAGAGACCAAGUCUCAUAAAUGUGCUCAUCGACCCUUCCUCCGACAGAAAACAGCAGGAGUUUCCUUGGCUCACACGUUCCAACCUAUAGACGGAAAGAAGGCUCUGCAUCCUCCUCUAUCCAGAACAUUAUCAAAACCGGAAACACAACCUGGAAAAAAAAUAAAUAACAAUAAAAUACAACAAUAAAACAUGUUGACGCUUGAACUGAAUGUUAUUUGU